AUGGGUUUUCUAAUGAUAAUCCUUUUGAGCUUUUGUUACAUUUCUUUCGACCUGAAAACCGCUAGUGCAAACACUUUUGAUGUAACAUCGUAUGGUGCAAAAGGAGAUGGGAAUACAGACGACUCGGAAGCGUUUAUUCAAGCAUGGACUGAUUUAUGUGGAGAUAGUUCAUCAGACCCAACUUUGAUCAUACCAUCAGACAUGACGUUUUUGAUAAGCCAAGUGACAUUCAUGGGCCCAUGCGAAUUUCCUACAGUAAAUAUUAAGCUUUUGGGCAACAUUACUGCACCGAUGACACUCGAUGGAUGGAAAGAUUGUAAAGAGAAUAAAUUUUGGAUACAGUUUGAAUCAGUGGCAGGACUCACCAUCGAUGGACCUGGUCAGAUUGAUGGCCAGGGCUCGAUCUGGUGGGGACAUCAGGUGACAGCUGAAACUUGUGAUAACCCUUCGGCUUUACAUUUUAUUAAAUGUGACGGACUUCGGCUGAGUGGUAUGACACAUAUUAACAGCCCAAUGCUUCAUAUUAGCAUUGUUGGUUGCAACGAUGUAGAUGUUGGAAAUCUUCAAAUAUUAGCACCUGAAUACAGCCCAAAUACUGAUGGAAUCGACAUCGGUGCUUCAUCCCAUGUUAAUAUCCAUGACUCUAUUAUUCAAACUGGUGAUGAUUGCGUGGCCAUUAAUGGUGGCAUUGUUGAUCUCAAUGUAACGGGUGUGUUCUGUGGUCCUGGCCAUGGCAUAAGUAUCGGAAGCCUUGGGGAAAACGGUGGUUAUGACACAGUUGAACAAGUUCGUGUAGAACACUGUAACAUCUCAGGAACAACAAAUGGGUUACGUAUCAAGACAAUACCAAAUGGAACUGGGUACGCUAGAGGGAUUCUAUUUCAAGACAUUUAUCUCGAAAACGUUAGAAAUCCAAUCAUAAUCGAUCAACGUUACUGCAGUAGUAGUUCUGGAAAUGCUGAUUGCUCAGCUCCACCAUCGGCACCAGCUGUACAAGUGAGUGAUGUGACUUACAUGAACAUAUAUGGAUCUUCAGCAACACAACAAGCUAUUACUUUCGAUUGUAGUGGGAUGUUUAAGUGUACUGGAAUCGUAACAAAUCAAGUUGAAAUCACUGGAGAUGACGCCUUUGCUUACUGUAGAAACGCUGAAGGAAAUUUUGUUGCCACCACCCCGAAUAUUAUUUGCGAUUAG